AUGCCCAUCAUUGCUCUAGGAGCUGAUGAAGGGUUAUCUGCACUCGAUUCAGUGUUAAAUGAGAAAUCACCAAUAGAUACUUUUGAUCUUACCGAUUCUCCAGAGGUCAAUCAGUUCUCACCGAAAUCGAAAGACGACGCGAGAUUAGGUAUAGAUACUGGAUUAAAACAGUCUGCUGCUAAUUAUCCUACACCAACCUCUCCUAUACGGACACCCGCACCCCCUUCCCACCCUCACUACCAACACCAACAUUAUCAUACUUACCAAGAUGUGGACGAAAACGAACUGCAGAAUUCGCAAGCUGGUCCAUCACACCCCCAUCGAGCUAUACCUCCACCACCUAAUCCACGGAGACAUCGAUCGGGAGUGUUGAUGUCUCGAGUCAGAGCUGCGUCGAGCGGAUCAGCUAUCAAAUUCACGUCGAACCCUCAUGGAAGUAAGAGUCAUGGCGAUUUGGCCUCUUUUGGUGGAUUUACGAGUCUAGACGAUGACGAGGAUGAAGAUGAGGUGGAUGACGAGGUGGAACAGUUGGAUUUGGCUGAGGACCAACCUGGAUCGAGUAGUAGAAGGAGAUUCAGAUCGGCGAGUAGAGAUGGAUGGAAGAGACAUGUGAGCGAUCCUCAUAGAAAGCCUAGUGUGGACGAAGGUGGAGAAGAUAACGUCUGGGACAAUUCCGCGCGGUACUACCACCACUUACACUCACGCCCACCAUCACGGAAUGGAUCGACGGCAAAUUCACCUGAACAUUCACCUGUCCUUCGAUCUCGAUCAAUCACCUCUCCACAUACUUCCCCCAUCUAUGUUCGUCGGAACCUCACAUUACCUACCAACGGUCCUGGGCCCCCUCAACCUAACCCAGGAGUAUCAAUAUCCCUCUCGCCCAAUCAGCAUUUCCUCCAAACUCACCUCCCGCCUACCUUCCAUCAUGGCGGAUCAAGUCCUGAAGGAUCGAUACCAGAACAUCAUGGACCCGCUAUGGUUUUCACGCCUACGACUCAAGAAUGGAGGGAUCUGCAGACAACGCCAGAGUGGCAGGAGAUACAUGGGACGGGAAAUAAGGAUCAUCAGAGUAGAGAUAUGGAGCCUUCGUUCAGCGGGUCUAGCUCAGAAGAUGAAGGGAAAGGAUCAGUCGACAGUGCAAGUGGAAGUGGGCAAGGAAGAUCAAGAUCGAUAUCGUCGAGUAUGCUUCUCAAGCCGGACCGACAGAACUCACCUCAAAGGAGCACUCAUAAACGACCUGCUCUGCAUACUUCUGUAUCGGCAGAAUUUCUGGGAUCGGAAAAGCAACAUACCCCUGAUCCUGGCUCACCGGUACUUUCUCCAGCAGAUGAGCGUCAAGAGAUAGAGUUCAAAACUUCCAGAUCCAAUAUCCCAGUCUUCAACCCUGUUAUAAUAGCUCCCAGCCCGAUCAUGCCGGUAGCUGAUAAAGUGGCAACUUCGAUUGAUGAUUCGCCCACAAAGUUGUCUACUCAUUCUACCCCAGUCACACCUGUUGAUUCUACUCAUGAUCACGAUGCGUACCAUCAUAAGGCUUUCGACGAUGAUGAGGAUAUAAUCUUGGCUGAUCCCCAUGCGGACCCUCCUGCAAGAUUCGCUUCGAUUGGUAGACGAGAUAGUCUACGAGUGGUUAAGAAACCCGGUGACGCCCCGCCUUUACCUAGAACCAAGACGAAGAGAGAAUUAGAAAGAGAGAAAUUACUUUCAAUGGUUGAUGAGGAACUGGAAGCCGAUAAACAUUCACCGCCGCUUGAUGAGAGUAACGGAUGGGGCGGUGGAGUCCAAGUGAUCGGAUCCGGUUUAGCUUUAGGCUCAACUCCCCCCGCAUUGGCUGAAGUCAGGAUCGAUCCGUCUGAUAUGACGACUCGAUCAACUUCUGCUGAUCCUGUCUUACAUGGGAAACCUGAACCAUCUAAUCCAUUCGAAAACACCUUUUCCCAGAUGAAGAGCAUAUCUUUACCUGGAAAACCAAAAGCUCCACUUAGUAUCCCCUCAGCAACAUUCAAGCCUUCACCAUUACAAGCUUCACCAGUGAAUGCGCCGUCCGGUCUGCAGACCCCCUCCUCAUCAGCGACUUCACCUGCGGAAACGCCCAAUAACGUUACGUCGCCUACUCCCACUGUACCUGGACCAGCAAGUUUAGCGUCGAUAAGGGAUUAUGCAAAGUCCAUUUCUAGAUCUAGACAUCCUUCAGUCGAGAAAUCUCUCGGUAAAGAUGCUUCUCCACCUAUGUCACCUCGAUCUCCUCGAAGGAGGGAUACCAACAGAGUAUCACUGGUAGCUGGUAGGGUCGUUCAGCCAUUCGCUAUACCCCCUUCAACGGCAUUACCACCUCAGACUAGACCUCAAAUGGAUAGGAACCCCUCAUUGCAAUCCUUCUCGCCCUUCCGAUCUCCCGCUCCGGAAUCCAGACCUUCCAGUGCGAACAGUAUACCGCAAUUCCCCAGACUUGACUCGACGAUAUCCAUCGCCCCGUCUACGCUUGCGCCUAGCGAGUGUCCGACGCCGACGGACGAAACUGCUGGAGGAAUUGGGGGAAGAGGUAUAGACGAUUAUGUGAUUCUGAAAGAGGCGGGUAAAGGGGCCUAUGGAUUGGUGAUGAGAGCGAAGGUCAAGGGACCAAAAGGGGAACCUGUAGGAGAUGAAGUGAUCAUCAAGUAUAUCAUUAAGGCCAGAAUUCUGGCGGAUUGCUGGAAGAAGCAUAAAGUUCUUGGUCCAAUUCCAGUUGAGCUCCACGUGAUGGAUCAACUCCGACAUCUACUGUAUCACAAACCCAACAAACCCCUUCCCUGGGACCCAUCGAGAGCUCGACAUGACGAAUCGCCAGCGUUACCAACCGCAGAUAGCCCAAGAAGUCAAGCUAGCUCUUCGUUCAGAACACCAGAAUCCAACUGGUCUUCGGCCCACUCGGACAAAGACGCAGACUCUUUUGUAUCGACGCAAAAAUAUAUUGCAGCUGAGAUUAAGACUAGUCCUGAGAGGGGACACCCGAAUAUCGGGAAAUUAUUGGAUUUCUUCGAGGAUAGGGAGUUCUACUAUUUGGUAAUGCCUCGAUUUGGUACUGGAUUAGAUCUAUUCGACCGAGUGGAGUCCUCACCAACCGGCUUAGAGCCCUUCGAAGUACGAUCCUUACUUGGUCAACUUACCGACGCUGUACGAUUCCUUCAUGCCAACGGGAUCGUUCACCGAGAUAUCAAAGAUGAGAAUGUGAUCUUAGAUGGACAAGGACGAUGUCAAUUGAUAGAUUUUGGCUCGGCCGCCCACUGGAGACCUGGAAAACGUUGGGAUACUUUCUCCGGUACACUUCAUUAUGCCUCACCUGAGAUUCUCCGAGGAGAGAUGUACGGUGGGAAAGAGCAGGAUAUAUGGGCAUUGGGAGUAGUAGGUUAUGUCUUACUUGUUGGCGAAACUCCAUUCUCGGAAUUACCCGAUGAGGUCUUAGAAGGAUUGACCGACCCGGAUUCGAGAGCUGUUCAAGUAUUGGUCGAACGAUGUAAGAAUGGACAUGAGGAUGAAGGAUUGGAAUCCGAUGGUGGAGGAAGACUGGAAGAUGCGAUGGAUUUCGUGAAGUGUUGUUUGGAGUUGGAACUUGGUGAUAGACCUACAGCGGAGGUGCUGGUUGAUCAUCGGUAUCUGGUUGGGAACGGAGGAUGGACGGGGAAGAAAGGUUGGGUGGGGAUGAAGAAGUAG